AUGUCCGAACUGCGUGUGGGUGUUGAGAUAAACACUGUUCAGAUAGUUAAACGAAGUUAUGCCCUAUACCGGAUCGACCUGAUUCUGAACAGACCGGACGGUGAGAAGCGGCCAUACCAUGCUUUUCGUCGGUUUUCCGAGUUUAUUAAGCUGAGGCAGGACCUGGAGAGUGAAAUGGGGUCAGAAUUGCCAUAUGAACUGCCGCCUAGGAUUCUUGGCGGUUGGCUGAAGCCCUCAGGGUCGUGUGAUCCAGAUGUGAUCGAAUUGCGAAAGAAAGAACUGACUAGAUUUUUGAACGACUUACUCAACGACUCAUUUGAUUCUCGGUGGAAACGGUCCCCCUAUGUGUGUCAUUUUCUGCAACUGCCGAGCAGCUGGGAAGAUUUAAAACCCCGAGGAAGAAACAGCGCGUUCAGAGACCUGGAAGGAUCGGAUACCAGCAACUCCGCAGAUUUGAAAGACCCCCAGAGGUGGUUGGAAGAGCUAAGGAAUUGCAAAAUCUUACUAGCGGAGGCGGCUCGAGAUCACUCCGCGGCCACCAAAAUUGGCAUCCAGUUGCGGUUGCGCAUUCAGAACUUGGAAGUUUCUUUGAAAAAUAUCGCGCGGGAACAACUGGUGGGUGCAUCGGAGAUCAAAAGACGGCAUAACUUGCUCAGCGGGCUGAAAACGGAUUUGAACGAAAAACUAGUCAAGACCAACUCGAACGCCUUUGAUGCCACCACCAGCCUUGUGGGCCCAAAUGAAGAAGAGACACACCACGAUCGGCCGCUGCUGGGGCGAAAAAUCGGCGAAACGAGCCAGACUUUGGGGCUGAAUGAUCAAGAUCUGCUUCAAUUGCAUAAGGACACCACACAGCAGCAGGAUUUGGAGUUGGAACAGCUUCGAAAAAUAAUUUUAAAUCAAAAACAGCUCUCGCUCAGCAUGAAUCAAGAGUUGACGCAACAGAACGAGCUGUUGGAUCUGAUGUCGGGUGAGGUCGAGUCUACUGCUAAUAAAUUACGCAUGGCGAACAGAGGUGCAAAAAGGUUUAAUGACAACUGA